UCACUACCACCACCACAACCACCAUUAUCAUCAUCAUUAUUUUUGUUGUUUCUAUUAUUACUAUACAAUAAAGAUGCGCGCCAUCAUCGCCGUCACCUCUGCGAGUGCCCCCCUCUUCGAUGGUCGCGAAACCACCGGCCUGUUUAUCUCAGAGGCGCUGCACCCAUACAAGGUGCUGACGGCUGCCGGGUUCGAUGUAGACCUCGCUUCCACGACGGGGAAAUACACCCCUGACUGGCUGUCCCAGCAGCCCGACUUCUUGAACGGCGAAGACCUCGCCAUCUGGAACGACCAGAACAGCUCCUUCCGUCAGAAACUGGAUCAUAUGCGCCCCGCCGCUGAGCUGGAGGGAACCGCCUAUGAUAUCUUCUACGCCUCCGCCGGCCACGCCGCCCUGAUCGAUUACCCAACCGCCACAGCCCUGCAGCGCAUCGCCGAGCAGGUCUGGGCAACUGGCGGCGUGGUUGCGUCAGUCUGUCAUGGCCCGGCAAUCUUUGCCAACGUCCGUGAUCGCAACACAAACCAACCCCUCAUCCAGGGCAAGACCAUCACGGGCUUCACCUCCGAGGCGGAGGAGACCAUGGGAAUUGCGCAGGAGCUGAAAGGGUGGAAAUCAGAACUAGUGGAAGAUCUGGCCGCCAGGCUGGGAGCCAAAUAUUCUCGGAGUGCUGGAAUCUGGGAUGACUUCCAUGUCGUUGAUGGGCGGCUGGUGACGGGCCAGAAUCCAGCCAGCGCAAAGUCCACGGCAGAAGCAGCAGUGAGAGUCUACAACAACAGUGCAUAAAAUGACCAUUUCUAUGAUCUUGU